UUUUCCCCCCCCCUUUCCCUUUCCCCCCCCCUCUCCCUCCUCUCCCCUCUCCUCAACCUCCCAGGCCGGGUCUUUCCCCGUGCCUCUUCUUCCUCCGCCAUGCAACCGCCACCGGGAGCUUCUCGGUUUUAAGGAUUUCGGUGUGACGGUCUCCGGGAUCAGCGUCGCAGGAGCCAGCGCCGCCAGCGAGGACAGCCGCCGGGCAGCGGGUCACCCGCGGGCCCCAUGCUCUGCUCGGCCCCCGUGCCCAGCAUCUGAGAGCCCCUGCCCUGCAACGGAGACCCCCGCCAUGGCUAGCAACAGCAGCUCCUGCCCCACGCCCGGAGGGGGGCACCUCAACGGUUACCCCGUGCCCCCCUACGCCUUCUUCUUCCCCCACAUGCUGGGGGGGCUCUCGCCGCCCAGCACGCUGGCCGGCAUCCAGCACCAGCUGCCCGUCAGCGGAUACAGCACCCCGUCGCCUGCCACCGUCGAGACGCAGAGCACCAGCUCGGAGGAGAUCGUGCCCAGCCCACCCUCACCCCCGCCCCUGCCCCGCAUCUACAAGCCCUGCUUCGUCUGCCAGGACAAGUCCUCGGGGUACCACUACGGGGUGAGCGCCUGCGAGGGCUGCAAGGGCUUCUUCCGCCGCAGCAUCCAAAAGAACAUGGUGUACACGUGCCACCGGGACAAGAACUGCAUCAUCAACAAGGUGACGCGCAACCGGUGCCAGUACUGCCGCCUCCAGAAGUGCUUUGAAGUUGGCAUGUCCAAGGAGUCCGUCCGCAAUGACCGGAACAAGAAGAAGAAGGACGUGCCGAAGCCGGAGUGCUCGGAGAGCUACAUCAUCACGCCCGAGGUGGAGGAGCUCAUCGAGAAGGUGCGCAAAGCCCACCAGGAGACCUUCCCCGCCCUCUAGCUUGGCAAAUACACUACGAACAACAGCUCGGAGCAGAGGGUCUCCCUGGACAUCGACCUGUGGGACAAGUUCAGCGAGUUGUCCACCAAGUGCAUCAUCAAGACGGUGGAGUUUGCCAAGCAGCUCCCCGGCUUCACCACGCUCACCAUCGCCGACCAGAUCACCCUCCUCAAAGCUGCCUGCCUCGACAUUCUGAUCCUGCGGAUCUGCACGCGCUACACGCCGGAGCAGGACACCAUGACCUUCUCGGACGGGCUGACGCUGAACCGCACGCAGAUGCACAACGGCUUCGGGCCCCUCACCGACCUGGUCUUCGCCUUCGCCAACCAGCUGCUGCCGCUGGAGAUGGACGACGCCGAGACGGGGCUGCUCAGUGCCAUCUGCCUCAUCUGCGGAGACCGCCAGGACCUGGAGCAGCCCGACAAAGUGGACAAGCCAGAGCCGCUGCUGGAGGCGCUGAAGAUCUACGUGAGGAAGAGGAGGCCCAACAAACCCCACAUGUUCCCUAAGAUGCUCAUGAAGAUCACGGAUCUCCGCAGCAUCAGCGCCAAGGGCGCUGAGCGGGUGAUCACGCUGAAGAUGGAGAUCCCAGGGUCGAUGCCGCCCCUCAUCCAGGAGAUGCUGGAGAACUCGGAGGGCAUGGACACGCUGGGGGGGCAGCCGGGUGGCCCCCGCGCCGGCAGCCUGGGGCCCCCCCCGGGCAGCUGCAGCCCCAGCCUUUCGCCCAGCUCCAACCGCAGCAGCCCGGCCACGCACUCGCCGUGACCCGCGCCCGGCGCGCACCAGGACAGAGCCCGGCACGCCGGCAUGCGGGGGGGGGGACGACACCCUGCGACUCGGCCCUGGCUGCAGCCCCCCUGGGGCGGACUUCUCGGCAGCCCCCGCGCCGGCGCAGCCCCGG